UUUUCCUUACAGCCGAAGAAGCGGAAGGGCAGCACCUCCCUCACUCGGCCUUCAUCUACUUCCCCAUUCCAGCAAGCUACUGCACUAGUUUUCAUUCUUGAGAAUUCCUCUCAGUCUCCCAAGAAUUGAAUAGCUUCUGCAGUAGCUAGCUACAUAGUACGUCACUACGUCCAUCAAACUCAUCACCAACACCGACUUCUACCUAAGUACCUAUCUUCGAUACUCCAAUGGCUUCCUUUCUCUCAAAGGCAAUUCUCCUUCCCGUUGCGGCUUCCAUUCACCGACGAGGUUACGCGGCGGCAUCACAUGGCUCAGUGGCAGCUGGCUUUGGAAUGGGAGGCUCCAGGAGCACUAUGGUGAGGAAGCUGGAAGAGAAGGUUGGGAUGAAGGAAGAGUCUUCGUCUGCUUGGGCACCGGAUCCUCGAACCGGGUACUACAGGCCGGCUAAUAGGGCGGAUGAGAUCGACCCGGUGGAGCUCCGGCAAAUGCUCUUGAACCAGAAAGUGAGGCAGCAGUAAAAUGAUUUAUAAUGUUUUGUUUCUUGCUUGGUUCUUUUGUUUUGCGGUUUUUCGAUAUAUCUGUUGCAGUAGUUUACUACUUAUGUGUCAUGACUUGGUUUGAAUCUUAAUUAGAAUGCAGUUUUGAAUAGACAUAUGAUUACUGUUGU